CUACCCUGUAGCAGAAUGCCUCUGCCUGACGAGCUCCCAGAAAUGUUCGAUAGGCAUGUCGAGGUUUGGUGUCUCAUCAGGGAUGUCCUCGAUGACCAAGCUCAAGUGCUCGCGGGCCAGCCUUAGGAAGUUGCCCAUUCGGUAGCCCUCCCUCCUCAGCCGGUCCCAUCCACGCUCCAUAGCCUUUUUCAGAGUCUCGUCCUUGACCCUCAUGGCGACAAAUCGCUCUUUGAGAGCAUCGGCAAGGUCUCGGGGAAUCGCAUGCUCGCCCACCUUCAGACCAGCCUCUGCAUCCUGUGGGGACUCAUGUCUCCGUUUUCCCCGACCAAUUGGCACAGCAGCAGCAGCAGCAGCGGCAGCUGCGGCAGGCAUUGGGUGGUCUGGCUCAGGCUGGGGCUGAAGCGGGGCAUCACGCAUUUGGUCGUCUGUGUCGGGCUGAAUGUUGGGCAGGGGAGGGAGGUAUGGGGGAGGCAUCGGUAUGUUUUCGGGAAUCACUGGUGGCGGAGGGGCAUUCGGGUGGAGGAGCGGUCCGUGUUCGCCCGGCGAAGGGACGAUUGGUGGCAGUAUUGCACGGCCGACCGCUUGCAAUGCAGGAGGCGGUGGAGGCGGGGCAGGUGCUGCUGCUGCUGCAGCUGCUGCAGGUGGAGAACCUCUCGCCCCUCCUGCAGCCUGACGAUUCCUCAGACCUCUCACCCGCAGUAAGGGCUCGCCUCGACGAUUUAAACCGUCCAGACGUGGCGGGAGUCCAAGCUCACUUCGCCAGUCUUCAGCCUGUUCCCGCCUGUUCAU